AUGUCCUUCGCUCACAAAGAAAUUUCUGGUGUCAUUUGUCUUUUUGAUGUCGAUGGAACUUUAACACCUGCAAGAUUAGUUAUUUCUGAUGAAAUGAAACAAACUUUAGAAAAACUAAGAAAGAAAGUCGUUAUUGGUUUUGUUGGUGGUUCUGAUUUAUCCAAACAGUUGGAACAAAUCGGUCCAAAUGUUUUAAACGAAUUUGAUUACUGUUUCUCAGAAAAUGGUUUGACUGCUUAUAAAAAUGCUCAAAAAUUGGCUUCUCAAUCUUUUAUCAAUUGGAUCGGUAAUGAAAAAUACAACAAGUUGGCCAAAUGGAUCUUAAGAUACUUAUCUGAUUUGGACAUACCUGUUAGAAGAGGUACUUUCAUAGAGUUUAGAAAUGGUAUGAUUAACGUUUCUCCCAUUGGUAGAAAUGCUUCAACUCAAGAAAGAAACGAUUUUGAAAAAUUCGAUUUGGAACAUAAAAUUAGAGAAACAAUGGUCCAAGAAUUGAGAAAGACCUUCCCUGAUUACGGUUUGACUUUUUCAAUUGGUGGCCAAAUUUCCUUUGAUGUCUUCCCCACUGGCUGGGAUAAAACCUAUUGUUUACAACAUAUUCAAGAUGAACAUUUCUCUGAAAUUCAUUUCUUUGGCGAUAAAACUUAUAAAGGUGGUAAUGAUUGGGAAAUCUAUACUGAUAAAAGAACAAUUGGUCAUUCUGUAAAGACCCCUGAAGACACUAUUAAAAUCUUGAACGAAUUAUUUGAUUUAUAG